GCCGCCGCCGCCGCCCCCGAGGCCGCGCCGCCCGCGGAGGCCCCGGGCCUCGCCGCGGCGCGGCAGGAGGGUGCGCUGUGCCUCCUGGACCCCGCCGACUUCACUGCCGGCUCCCGCGGAGGCGGCCUGGCGGAGGACGAGUCCGACGACGAGCUGGAGGCGCUGGCGCUGAGGGAGAUGUUCGAGGACAGUCUCGCAGACUUCGCCCCCGCCGUGGCGGCGGGGAGGCCGGCCCUUGCGGACUACCCGAGGGCGCCCAUGUUCGGCAAGAUUGCGCCGCAGCCGUCGGCGCGGCACACGAAGGCCGCGCCCGCGCGGGAGCCCUCUCUGCCGCCGGCGGUGCCGCGGAAGCUGCGCUCGGCGAGCCGGGGGCGGGCGCCGCCUCCGUCCGACGAGCAGCGGCUGCAGAAGCGCGACCAGCUGGUGGACAGCAUCCUCAACGGCGCAGGCCCGAGCCGCAGUGCCACGCCACUGCGCUCGGCGAGGUCCCGGCCGACGACGCCGCGCGCGGCCACGCCGCGCGCGGCCACGCCGCGCGG